ACCGGUUGUACAGGACGUGGUUGAACCGGAAGGCGUCAGAAUCAUACAAGGACACAACGACUUGAGAAGAAAUCGUCUCGUCAUUGUGAAGCUAAUUGUUGUGGCAAGUAUGGGCAAGUCUCGCCGAAAUAGAGCGCGGGGAAACCGCAGCGAUCCCAUUGCAAAGCCGGUGAAGCCGCCGACGGACCCCGAGCUCGCCAAGCUCCGUGAGAGCAAAAUCCUGCCGGUGCUCAAGGACCUGAAAAGUCCAGACAUCAAGUCCAGGACGGCAGCCGCCGGCGCAAUUGCCAACAUCGUGCAGGAUGCCAAGUGCAGAAAACUGCUCCUACGCGAACAGGUCGUCCACGUCGUCCUCACCGAGACCCUCACCGACAACAGCAUUGAUAGCAGGGCAGCAGGUUGGGAGAUUCUCAAGGUUCUGGCCGAAGAGGAAGAGGCGGAUUUCUGCGUACACCUGUACAGAAUCGAUGUUUUGACUGCGAUCGAGCAUGCUGCUAAGGCGAUUAUCGAGACUCUUACAGCAACCGACCCCGCUUUCUCCAAGCUGCUGAAAGCCCAACAACGGCUCGUAUGGAGCAUCACCAGCUCUCUGCUCACGCUCCUGAACCUUCUUGCGUUGGCCCGUGAGGAAAUCCAUGACGCUAUUGUUCAGAACCAAACGAUCCUGCGUCUCCUCUUCCGCCUGGCCGCCACCGACGUCGCCCCCCAGGACAUCUUCGAGGAGGCCCUCUCGUGUCUCGCUACGGUAUCAGAAGACAGUCUCCAGCUGGGACAAGCCAUGACCAACGACCAGGAGACGCAAUGCUAUGACGUCCUCCUGAAGCUUGCCACCGGAACCGGUCCGAGAGCGGUGCUCGCCUGCGGUGUCCUGCACAAUGUCUUCUCGUCGUUGCAAUGGUUGGAUCACAGCCCUGGAAAGGACGGCGCAUGCGACGCAGUUCUAGUCCCGAGCCUGGCCCGGGCUCUGGAGCAGGUCAACCCAAGCGGUGCGCAAACCAAUGGCAGUUCUAGCCAUGUCGAAAUCACGCAACUCGCUCUGGAGAUACUGGCCUCAAUCGGGACUGACUUCCAAGAUACCCUUGUCAAGGGCAACAAAGCACCCCUCGAUGCCGCAAAGGCCGACGAGGAAUGGAACGGCUUCGAGGACGCGGACGCGGACGCGAUGGAUGUGGACCAAGGUUCGGAUGCUGGGCUGGGGGAGGAUGAAGACGAGGCAGAAGAGAGCGAGGAUGAAGAGCAAGACGGAGACGACGACUCAAUCGACUCGGAAAUGGAAGCCGAUAUGAACCGCGUCGUCGGUGAAGAGGGUUCAGGGGCAGCCGAUCUCAGCGACCUCCCGACGCUUAGGGAACUCAUCCAGAGAGCCGUCCCUCAGCUCAUACGUCUAUCCAACAUAACCGUCGGUAGCGAAGAAGCUCUCGCUAUCCAGUCGCGCGCCCUAUCCGCUCUGAACAACAUUGCUUGGACCAUAUCCUGCCUCGAGUUCGCCGACGGUGAGAACGCCCACAUCUUCAACGCCUGGUCCCCGACAGCCAAGAAGAUCUGGCGCAAAACCAUAGCACCUAUCCUUGAAGCCGACAAUGCCGACCUCAAACUUGCCACUCAGAUCACCAGCCUCGCGUGGGCCGUGGCGCGCACUCUGAAUGGUGAGACUCCGGCAGAUGGAGGCCAGCAUCGGAAAUUCAUCUCUCUUUACCAUGCCUCCAAGAACCAGGCAAAACAACAACAACAACAGCAGCAGCAGCAGCAGCAGCAGCAGCAACAGCAACAACAACAACAACCUGGAGCUCGUCAGGAAGAUGCUGGCGAAGCGCAAGAAGACCCCUUCCAGGGCCUCGGUGUCAAGUGCAUCGGCGUGCUGGGUUCGCUGGCUCGCGAUCCGGCCCCGAUCGAGGUCAACCGCGAAGUCGGCGUCUUCCUCAUGACGAUCCUCAGCAGCAGUGAGACCGCGCCGCCUGCCGACGUGGUCGAGGCGCUCAACCAACUUUUUGACCUUUACGGCGAUGAGGAGGCGCCGUGCGACGCGGAAGUGUUCUGGAAGGACGGGUUUCUAAAGCAUCUCGAAGAGUUCGUGCCCAAGAUGAGGGCGCUGGCCAAGGGGGUGGACAAGAGGACGCAGGCAGAGCUCAGAACGCGGGCGGACGAGGCGCUCCUGAAUCUGGGGAGGUUCGUUCAGUACAAAAAGAAGCACGCGCCAAAGUAAAUAAGUGUUGGAAGUUGAGAGUUCGGGUUUUAAGGGCUCUAGGUGUCACACCCGUUGAGCUGAUGUCAUGCCACCACUGAUGCUGUUACGAGAGAAAAAUAAAAAGUCAACAAGGGUAACUGUUACUGUUAACGAUGAAGUGGCGUUACGGACCGUUGGGUAUGAGCAAUCUCGCAAUAAUUUCUAACCUUACUCC